CUUAUAUUCUCACUUCAGACAGAAGUAAAUAAACGUUGACGUUAAUUGUGGUGACGUCAAAGUUUUGACCAUCCAACGCUUUGAAUUUCUUCACCGGAGGCCCCCUCUCCCCUCCGCACCAACCUUACAUCUUCCACAAUUUUCUCCAGUACAGUAUUACGAACAGCCAUUCCGACCUCUUCCAUAACCGUAAGAAAUCUCACAUCAGCAUGUCGGAUAUUGCGAAGAAGUGCUACGAGGCGGUUGGCCUUGGUAGAUUCGGCUCCAACAGCCACCCGAUCCAUCCUGCCACAGUGCACUUCCCACUCGCCUUCCUCACGCUCGCCAACGGUCUCAACCUUCUGUAUGGCAUCGUGCUCUACUUCUCCAGCAAUCCAUUCUUCUCCCGCGACCAAGAGAACCUCGGCACGCUCUCCAUCCUAGGCUACGCUUCUAAUGUGCUGGGUAUCAUUACUUCGAUCCCGGCCGUACUCACGGGAGGCGCGGAAUUAUAUGCGAUGAUUCAAAGCAAUGGAUUAUAUCAGACGAGCGAGAAAGGGGAGAAGACUCUGGUGCCGAAGGUCAAGAUUGCUCUUAUGCAUGCUGGUCUCAAUGACCUCGUCGUCGCAGGCGCGGUGUUUAAUUGGCUGCAAGAGCGGAAUGUCGCUGAUUAUCAACCAGCCGGCUACCAGGUCGUGAUGAGUGCAAUUCUUAUGGCUAUCCAGACGUAUGCCGCGUAUCUUGGUGGAGAUCUGAUCUAUGCACACGGUGUAGGCGUGCAGCGCAUGGGAGAAGCUGCGAAGGAGAAGCAGCAGUAGUGUGGAAAUGAAUAAUAGGAGAUCGGUGUUUCGCCAGUUACGAAAUUCUGAUUGGGUGAGUGAAUUCUUCGUCUGAAUCUGGUGGUUUCUUGCGUGGCUGGUGUUUGCGCUGUCGUUUGGUAUUUUUUGGGAAGCUAUGGGAAGUAAGCAAAAUGUGCGCCAACUUGGAUGGAAGGAGGACGACCGAAACAAAAGAAACCUUUCCAAGCCAAUCUAUUACCGGCAAGCUUCUCUAUCAUUCUACUGCUACGCCUUCUUCAACGGACCCCUCCAACCUGUUCUCUGCAAAAACUUCUCCCAGCUUAAUGCUUGAACACCCAUCUCUCUCCGAGCCCAGUGUGGGCAAAAACUACUCAAGCUACUCUAGAGUAGUUUUGAGUAGAGUAGAGUAGAGUUUGAGUAGCGUAAUAUGGUACUUGAGUAGAGUAGAGUAACUGAAGAGUAG